AUGGAAAGGACGAUAAAACAGGAGCUGAAGCCGAUGGGGAAGCCUAAGCAUAAAUGUCGUAUAUGUAAAGGGAGAUUUAGUUGCGGGCAAGAGCUCGACGAACACAUGCAAAGCCACCGGCUGAACAAUGGAGAAGCCACCACCUGCGAGCCGUUAUGCAUAUCUGAAUUCUUCUCAAGAAAUUCAAACUUUGAAAGUGGUGGUUGCAGCUCCGUUGUUGGCGCUGCCGGCAGCGGUGAACCAGUUGAUGGAAACCCGCAUCCACCACCACAAUUGAGCGCAAAAGAUGAAGAUGUGGUUCAUUGCCUCCUUGUGCUCUCCAACUCUGGCUCCGAGUGUGCCAAUGUCCCAAACCAAAACCUUUCCGCCACUCCUGCAGGUUACGAAUGUGAUAAUUGCAAUAUGGUCUUCCCAUCCCACCAGGCCCUUGGCGGCCAUCGAGCCAGCCACAAAAGUGUUGAGGGUUGUUUUGUUGGGAGUCUCAAAAUUAGAUCAGCCGACGCCAACAAUAAGCGGAUUGAAAACCAAAAUAACAAUGUUGAUAAUCAAAAUAAUAUGGCAAGACCUUCGCCGGAAAAUAUGGCAUUACCGAUUGUCCCAUUGGCAGAAUAUUCGUUGCAACUUCGGUUGCCAUCGAGGAAAGAUCCCAAACCUCACAUAUGCAAGGAAUGUCACCAGCACUUCCCGACUUGCCAGGCACUUGGUGGCCAUAUGCGUUGUCAUCAGAUAGCAUUAAACAUUACCGCCACAGCGGCGACCACCACCGGCACUGCUGCUUCUGUAAACUUGAUGACCACCGCCGCCACGGCCAAGGUCGCUACUGCCACCACCUUCGCCCCGGAUGCACAAAUAGGAGCUAGUAGCAGCGAAGUGAAUGAAAUACAACUACAUAUGCCGACUCUUCCUCCUUUGUUCAAAAAUCCACAUCUUAAUAUCAACCAAAACAUGCCGGCGGAGCCGACCAAUAAUAUAGACGGAAGCUCGUUGCAGCUUUGCUUUUGCGACUGA